UUUGCUGCACGUAGUAAAUAACCAGACACUUGUGAGACUCUUUACCACUUAAAAAGUUUUGAAGGACUUAGUUUGACAAUUCGAGGAGACAAUACAUCUUUACAGGCUUUCUCAACUGAUAGAGAAAUGGAUGAUAUCCAAGUUGUUGAGUCCAAGCCCCUGCUUGUUGACAGGGAAUUGCCGGGCUUAAGGGAGGCUAUACAACAACUGGUGAUGAAGGAGCAUGAUGUGGAGACUCCCCAUGGAAGAAUCCACUGCACCAUGAAGGGGGUGCCCAAGGGGGAUAGACCAGUCAUCCUGACCUUCCAUGACAUUGGGCUGAACCACAAGACCUGUUUCGACUCACUCUUCAAUCAUGAGGACAUGCUGGAGAUCAUGCAGCACUUUGCUGUGUGCCACGUCAAUGCCCCUGGACAACACGAGGGUGCCAACACGUUCUCCACCGGGUAUGAGUACCCAUCCAUGGACCAGCUGUCUGAGUCUCUGCCUUUGGUCCUUAAACAUUUUGGGCUGAAGAGUGUGAUUGGCAUUGGCAUUGGAGCUGGAGCCUACAUCCUGACCCGCUUUGCUCUUGACUACCCAGCCAUGGUGGAGGGGCUGCUCCUUAUCAACAUCAACCCAUGUGCUGAGGGCUGGAUGGACUGGGCAGCACAAAAGAUCACUGGCUGGGCCCACGCCAUGCCUGACAUGAUCAUCUCACACCUGUUUGGAAAGGAGGAGAUCCACAACAACCUUGACCUGAUCGCCACCUACCGCCACCACAUCACCACCGACAUGAACCAGUUCAACCUGCAACACUUUGUCAAGUCUUACACCAGCCGAAGGGACCUGGAGAUUGAAAGGCCAAUCCCUGGGGGAAGUUCCACCGUCAAAACUCUCAAGUGUCCUUCUCUUCUGGUGGUUGGGGACAGCUCUCCAGCGGUCGAUGCUGUGGUUGAGUGCAACACCAAACUGGACCCGACUAAAACCACACUGCUCAAGAUGGCUGAUUGUGGAGGCAUGCCCCAAGUUGACCAGCCUGCCAAACUGACAGAAGCCUUCAAGUACUUCAUCCAAGGCAUGGGAUACAUGCCCUCCGCCAGUAUGACCAGACUGGUUCGUUCUCGUACCGCCUCCGGUUCCAGCAUUACCUCCUUUGAAGGCAAUCGCUCCAGGUCUCACACUGGUGACGGCAACCGGUCUCGCUCUCACACCAACGAUGGCAACCGCUCGCGGUCCCACACUAGUGAUAACCAGCGCGGCCGCUCCCACACAGACGCGUCCAUGGACGGCUCGGGCAGCCGCAGCACAGAGCCUGCGGUUCUCAAGUCCACUGAAGUGUCCUGCUAGGCUGUGACCCCCCCCCCCCCCCCUCUACCACCUCACCUUGUGACCUGGUGACCUGUCCCAUGCCCUGGGGGUCCUUCUGCGGUGCCACUAACCCCACACACACUCUCUCACAUGCAUUUGUACAUACACACACUCUCUCACAUGCAUAUACACACACGCACACUCACAUACACACGCGUCUUUGGAUUUUGCUAUUUCUACUGAUCCCUGUAGGACAUUCCAGACAGAGAAAAAUAGACCUGUUUCUCCACUUCACUAGUCGGGUGACUAUCUGGGUUUUAGGGGCAACACCGUAUCAGAGAAUAUUGGUGAAAACUGUGGGUGUGAGCGCAUGCACAAGCUUGUACAUUUCAGUCUUUUUAAUCUCCUAUUUUAUCUGUUUAUUUUUUUCUUCUUUUUUGGCUCUAUUCUGGCUGUGGUUUUUUGUUUUUAUUGACACAGCUUUCUCAAAUAUAUGAUCAAUUCUGUCUGACUGUGACUGUUUAUCAUUAACUUUUCUUUUCGUUGUGUAAUUACUGUGUAUAUGAAGGAGUCUUUAGACGUGGAAGAGAGGCAGGUGAAAAUGGCAGUUUUCCUUCUUGAAACUAGCUGUUCUAUCUUUGAAAUGAAGGGACAGAAUCAAUAAGUAUCAUGUAUAGAAAAUUCUUCUGUUUUACAGUGUGAUCCUUGUUGUUUCACAAUUGUUUUUGUUCUUUAACUAUUUUUGUUCAAGAUCAGUUCAUUUAAAAUGGUUCUUGAUUCAUUUGUUACUUGUCCCUGUCAAACUCUCAAAUCAAAACGAUUGUAGAAAUUCCAUAAGAACGUGCUAGGCCUUUUGCUAAUCCAAAAAGAAAACUUGCAUGAUGCUUUAUUAAUCAAUCACAGCAUCAGGCAAAAACACAUUUUAAUACACAUUUCUUUUUCUAUGAUUAUUUCUAUGCAAUUAAGCACAACAGAACAAACAUGUGCCAUCAAAUCCUACGCUGCAGACUUGAUGCUCCUUUGAAACAGUGGUUUAGAAAGGGUAACAGUAAUGUAUCCACAUUUAUUGAAGGAUGAUUAGCCAUAAAGCUUUAACCACCUUGUACUUGUCUAAUCCUUCUUGUACUUGCACUACACCAGCUUUGAAGACCAAUACAAACAUAGCUUUGUAAAGAUGCACAACUGACUAAUGCUGUAGACAAAGAAGCAUGAAAUAAAUUGCAUAACGGUUUGUAUUUAUUAAAAAAA